CUCUCAAAAUAUCGAUACAGUACAUGACGACGUGUUUUAUUUUUACGUUACGUAGAUAAUGGCAGAGUUCGCCUGACAUAUUAAUCUCUGAUGCGCAAAAUGUUUUGCAAUGUCUCCGAAAUGAUUGUUUCAUUCGAAGAUACUGCAAAUGAUGGCACAACUUCUUCGAAUAUGUAAACCGGAAAUCUGUUGUUGGAUAGUUAGAAGUUAUGGAACUCAUAGAUAUCAACAAGAUCAUUAUGGAACCUUAAAUGUUUCAUCUAAUGCAUCGCAAGAAGAAAUCAGACGAGCUUUCAUUAAAUUGUCAAAACAACUGCAUCCUGACACUAGUGGAAAACACAGUCAUGCUGAUUUUGUAAAAUUAAAUGAGGCUUAUUCGAUUCUGGGAAAAGAAAGUACUAGACGCCAAUAUGAUUUAGGCUUGAAGUACAGUAGAUUCAAUCCAUCUUAUACACAUAACUCACAAAACAGCCAAUAUGGGAGUCGAUGGGAAUAUGAAGUACGUACAGCGGGAGGACCAUGGCCACCACCUCAACAAAAACCAAAUGCCAACUUUGGUCGUAUAAUAGCUCUUCUGAUCUUUGGGUUGGGGUUGGUACACUUUAUUUUUAUGGUUUAUUCUAUCAGAAUGAAAAAGAUUGUGAGCCUUCGAAAUAAUCAAUUAGAAAAUGAAUACCAACAGGUUAGAAAUGUAGCACUUAGCAAAUCCAAUAAUAGUCAAUAUAUCAUAGAAAAUAUUAAUUCUGCAAAGGACCUUAAUGAGUAUCUGGAUAAUAAAAGUAGUAAUUGAUUUUAGUAUGAAUAAUUUAUCAAAAAUUGAAUUAAAAAGUCGAUUAUUAAAUACCAGUAUUUUUUU